UUUAAUUGAUUUGAUUUGAUUAUGAACAUUAUUAUAAACAUGUUAUGUAAUUACAUAUAUAGUUCAACCAAAUUGAGCUUCACUUACUCUAAAUGAUUCAACAAAAGUGAAAAAAACUUGUUCAAUAAUAAGUCCAUUAGUUUGACACUGCGUUGAUUGCCUUUACUGGUUGCUUGCUGACCCUUGCUUUUCUGCUGACUAUGGACGUGGUGAUUAAAACCUUUAACUAUUCGGCCAAAUUUAAAAUUCAAAAAUUGUACUUUUAACCGCCCAUUCUUUUAGAUAUGUAGUUUUAUUUCGGUUUUGUUGCGAGUGAGAUGCUUCGACUUCUGCUAACUCUCAAACCGGAAACUCUUUGGGUUUCUUUUUUUACUACAUAAUUUUUGGUGUUAGGACCCGAUUCAUUCACCCUUAGGGCUAAUCCGGAUUCGGGGCGAGUUCUGGUGGAUAGGUUUCAGUCCCCUCCCAGUUGUUCUCCCUACCAAGUUCAGCCCCAAUCACUGCUAAACCAACAGACAAUUUUUUUUUAUAAAGAAUUAUUGAAAAUUCGAGUAUUCGGUUCAUUUCUAUUUUUGAUAAAUGAGAAUGAUUUACGUGCUUUAAAAAACUUGGAGAUCAUCUUAAUAUGAAAACCUUUCUUCUUCCUUGUACUCUUCCUUUCCCCUCUGUAUCAAUGUGCAGGGUCGUGCAGAGCAAGCAAUGCCGCGAACGUGCUAUCCGUUGACUCCAACUCGGUCCACUCUAUACCCAACAUGAGAGAGCUAAUCACAGAUUAAUUUCUAGCUAAUCAUAAUUAAUCAAUCAAUCAAUCUACACAGGAAAUAUGACUCUCAAAGUUUUUGGAGAUCGAAUGUCCCAACCUUCUCGAGCUGUCAUUUUAUUCUGCAAGGUUAACAAUAUCGAAUUUGAGGAGGUUACGAUUGAUGUUGUCAAACGUCAGCAUUUAUCUCAACAAUUUGCAGAGAUAAACCCAAUGCGACAAGUUCCUGCAAUAGUUGAUGGAAGAUUUAAGCUGUUUGAAAGUCAUGCCAUCCUUAUCUAUCUUUCUUGUGCAUUUCCUGGAGUGGCGGAUCACUGGUAUCCUGCUGAUGUUUCCAAGAGAGCGAAGAUCCAUUCAGUGCUGGAUUGGCAUCACUUAAAUCUACGUUAUGGAGCAUUGAAAUAUGUUUUACAUACUACACUUGGCCCAACACUUGGAAGACCCUUAAAUCCUGGAGCUGCUGCCAAUGCGAAGAAAAUAUUGGAAUCUUCGUUGGCAAAAAUCGAAUCAGUUUGGCUCAAAGGAAGUGGAAAGUUCCUUCUGGGUAGUUACCAGCCAUCUAUUGCAGACGUUAGCCUUGUUUGUGAGAUCAUGGAGUUAGAGGUUUUGGAUGAGAAAGAUCGUUUUAGGAUAUUGAGUCCAUACAAGAAAGUUGGAGUGUGGAUUGAAGCAACAAAAGCUUCAAUGCAGCCCUAUUUUGAUGAUGUUCAUGGGAUUCUGUACGGAUCCAAGGAAAAAUAUCAGAAGCAAAGAGAAAUUGCAACUUUGCAUUCAAAGACAAGAAGGUUGUUUAAUUGGUUUGAUUAUGAACAUUAUUAUAAACAUGUUAUGUAAUUACAUAUAUAUAUAGUUCAACCAAA